AUGGCUUUCGGCACUAUCUUCACCAAGGGCACUGACAACCCUCGCACAACGGCAAUCAAGGCCGUUGCCAAGGCCAACGGUCUUGAGAUCAACUACGUUGAUGUCGAUUUCGCCAACCCUACCGCUGAGCACCUCAAGGCUAGCGGUCUCGGCAGGGUCCCCGCCUUCAUUGGUGAGGAUGGCUUUAUCCUGUCUGAGGCUAUUGCCGUCGCCAUCUACAUCACUUCCCAGAAUGAGAAGACCACUCUCCUUGGAAAAACCAAGCAGGACUACGCUUCCAUCCUGAAGUGGAUGUCCUUCUUCAACUCUGAGGUCCUCCCCUCUCUAGCUGGCUGGUUCCGCCCUCUCCUCGGCAUUGACCCGUACAACAAGAAGUCUGUCGAUGACUCUUCCAAGAAAGCCUACAAGGCCAUCGGCAUCCUCGAGGAGUACCUCCUCCGCCACACCUACCUGGUCGGCGACCGCAUCACCCUUGCCGAUCUCUUCGGUGCUGGUCUCAUCACCCGCGGCUUCCAGUUCUUCUUCGACAAGAAGUGGCGCCAGGAGUUCCCCAACACCACUCGCUGGUUCGAGACCGUCAUCAACCAGCCCAUCUACUCGGCUACUGCCGACAAGGUCGAGUUCCUUGACGAGCCCCGUCUUGUCAACCAGCCCCCCGCCAAGAAGCAGGAGAAGCCCAAGGCUGCCCCCGCUGCGGCCGCUCCCGCUCCCGAACCCGAGGAGGAUGCCCCCGCCCCUAAGCCCAAGCAUCCCUGCGAGGCUCUCGGCCGCCCCACCUACCCUCUGGACGAAUGGAAGCGCUACUUCUCCAACCACGACGAGAAGGACUCGAUGAAGUACUUCUGGGAGACCAUCCCCUUCGAGGAGUACUCCAUCUGGCGCAUUGACUACAAGUACAACGACGAGCUGACCCUGGUCUUCAUGUCCAACAACCUCAUCGGUGGCUUCAACGCCCGUCUUGAGGCUUCUCGCAAGUACCUCUUCGGCUGCGGCUCCGUCUACGGCGAGAACAACAACUCGGUCAUCCAGGGUGCCUUCGUCAUCCGUGGCCAGGAGUUCGAGCCCGUCUUCGAUGUCGCCCCCGACUACGAGAGCUACACUUUCAAGAAGCUCGACCCCAAGAGCGCCGAGGACCGCGAGUUCGUCGAGGCUCAGUGGCUCUGGGACCGCCCCGUCAUCGUCGACGGCAAGGAGUACCCCCACGCUGACGGCAAGGUCUUCAAAUAA